AUGGAGCAAUCGACAUUGUCCGCUCAACGAGGUUCCCUCGGGCGCACCGUGGCCUUGGUUGCCAACGAACGGCUGGCUCGCGUCCUCUACCAUCCCGAUGAGGGCCUCUACCACGUUACCACUUUCACAGAGAAUGAAUACCCGAAAGAAAGAUUCGUCUUCUCUGGCACGACUCCGUUCCGCGUUCAGGAGGUCGAUUCCAACGGGAAUAUUGUACCUGGCUUGGUGACCGAGUCCGACCUCACAUUCGGCCGAUGGUGCUACCAGCAGAAAGCGGAAGACUCAGCACCGUGGGCCGACAUCAACGACAACGUCGCAUCAGACUUCCUCGUCAACAUACUCUGUCGCUGGACGGGCUGGGACAGUCGCCUCACCAGCAUCUUCGAGACGCAACUUCGCUGCUCCACCCAGUAUCUGGCCGACGCCUACGCAGAGAACCGGCCUCCUCCCACUCGGGACUCGAGCUUCAUCACCUGGGAACAGUCCAUCGUGGAAGCCAAUAUCAACCCUCUCCACAAAUGCCGCAUGCCGGUUGAUCCCAAAACACAGCCCACGAGUGGCUUCAACUUCAAGCAGGCCGAGGUUGCCUUCAUGGCUGUGCAACGCGAUCUCAUCGACUCCUACGGGCCCCUAGAGCAGGAGCUUGCGCCUCUGCUGAAAGCCGCCGGCGUUGACCCACGAACCGCGGCUCUCCCCAACGAGGUCGUACUGCCAGUUCACGAAUUCCAAGUCAGAUUUUUGCUUUCGCGACCGGAGGCCGAGGGCAAACUCCGGCUACUGCCUCAGAGACUCAAGGCCCUAGCGCAGGCGUCGACACGGAGCAUGACGAUCCCCUCCCUCCCAGGUCUGGGCAUCAAGCUCUCGCUCUCCAUGUUCAUCGGGGACAAUAUCCGUACCAUCAACCACCGGUCUGCCUAUAAUGCCGUGCGCUACUGGACUGCUGGCAUGCUCGAUCCAGCUCGAGUCUGCGGUUUGCAAGGCAUCCCGCUCGAGAUUCUCCCCGAGGUAACAUGCGCCAAUGCACUGGGCGAUCACCUGGCAUGUAUGGUUCGAUGGGAUCCCUAUCACAGCUCGCGGCCCCCCGUCGACGCGGACGUGGGUUACGCAGUGACCGGGGCGUUGAUUGAGCCAGCGGAGAUCGGAAAGAAGGGCUGCGUCGCCGAGUCGGCCUUUGAGUUGACAAGCUUGGCCGAUCGUCUCAACUUCCUGCGCGACUACACUCGCGUCUACUUCCGCUGCUUCCUCACGCCCCUCUUCCGCAACGGCCUUUUGCUGGAUGCGCACGGCCAAAACUCCCUCGUGCGGUUCUCGCGCAGCACCGGCCAGAUCCUGGGAUUCAGCUCGCGGGACAUGAGCGGCACGCGAUUCACCGGCACGCACUUCACGCGCACAACGGGGAUCGAGAUCGACCCGCGCAUGAGCAACCACGAUAUGCCCGUGCCCGACCUCCUCGAACGCGCCUACUUCAUUUUCUUCGUCGUGCACCUGUGCCCGUUGCUGAUUGCCCUGGACCUGGAUUCGCUGUCCGCCGCCAGCUUUACAUCGGCCGAGCUGCUGACGGGCGCCGCCAGCCCCAAGGAGUCGGCGGAUUUGGCAAAGGGCAACGGCUGCGCGGUCAUCGUGCGCGAGCUGCACGAGAUCAUCCGCGAGCAUGAGACGCUGGUCGGCGAGGAUGCCUCUGCCGUCAGCUCGCGCGAGCUCGCGGCCGCCGCCCGGGCAAUCUGGCUGGAGAAGUCGACGUGGCAGUUGCAGUGUUUUGUGUCGCAGCGCAUGCGGGCGGAUUGGGCGUGUCGCGAUAAAAAUGAUAAACGCUCGUUUGCUUCGGUUCCGAAUGUCUUGGUUGCGAUGUCUGGUUGA